AUGGCACUUGCAGCGGGUUGUGAUGAUCCCAGCCUACCCCUGCUCUUCAUCACCACCCAGAGCCAGUCACAUAUGCCUCGCCCUGCAGUGUCGGUCACAUCUGCCCUCCUGGGUUCUGACUCGUCCGCCCCAGUGAACGGUCGGUACCCCUCAAAAGGACCGUUCAGCCCUCGAAAAUCAUGGCUUAGCCUUGGUCUUGGAAUUUCUAUGAUUUUGGUGUCCGUUUUGCCGUAA